AGGGGGAGGAUACGGCACAGCGCGGUGAUCUCAUUGCUUCAGUAAACUGCAUGGUGCAGCUGGACCGAGUAGCAACUUUGAAGCAAACUUUUCACUUCUAGCGCCAUUGAAAUAAACGGAUUACAGUGUUUCUACAGUGUAUAUGUGGAGAAGCAGGAGUAGAUGGGGUUGGGUGAGGACGGCGGUGUGCGGCUGUGUUUAGGAGCGGAGAGGAAACGCUGUUUAGUAUUUCUCUCAUGCAGGGCAGCUGUUGUUGAAGAGGGAGUGGGAAGGAGUGUGAUUGAUCAGGCCUGACCAUUUUACAAGACCACUAUGCAGGCCAGAGAAAUAUUGCACUGAUGCCCAUAGUCUGUGGAAACCAAAGAACAAGGACCUAGUCUCCGUGGAGUGGAGCAAGCUGCCACAACCCCAUCCUGAAAAAAUGCUCCAGACUUAAGAUGCUCGGUUGGUGAGGUGUCACCAUGACAAGCCUGAAACGCUCACCUUCUGAGCGGCCUGCUGUGGGGACAGUCCAGGCCCCUGAAGAAUUUUACACUCGUCCGUUACGCCAGUCCAAUGGAGGGGUAUCCCUCCUGCGUCCAGAAAAUUCUUACCAGACAGGAGGCAUGAUUGGAGUACCGAAGAUGGGAGUCCGAGCUCGGGUUGCUGACUGGCCACCUAGGAGAGAUGGGGGAACUUUGCGACUUCCCAUUACAAAUACCGAUACAACGACUCACACAGGAGCCAGCUCGGGUAGUCAGCCCAAACUUGGUGCUCUGAUUGGUCCGCAAGAUUCUUUUAUGCUCCAAAGCAUCCAAAAGACACUACAGAGCAAGAUAAAUCCAGCCAGUUUUGGAAGCUCCAUGGAAGGGCAGUUGCUCACAGUUGACGACCAUAGAAGCUCCUCUCGUGGUAACACUAGACGAAUCCGGCAACGCAGUAAUAGUGACAUGACCCUAAGUGAAGUUGACGGUAGUGGGGAUAGUGGGGAAGAUUGGGGCGCUAUAGGGACGAAGUGGUCUCCAUUGCACCGGGAGUACGGCAGCGCUUCCUCCAUUGACCAGCAUGCUGUUUGCUCCUCUGAAGCCUCAAGGAACAGCUUCUUUGAGAUGUUAAAGGGCUAUGAAGGGGAGAAGCAAGACCAACGCAGCCCAGCACCUGAAAGACUGGCAGAACUUCUAACAGUCUCUACCAAAGAACAGGCUCUGCUGCUGGACUCUGCUGUAGAGGACUUGAAAAAUGAGUCUCCUUCUAGUCGGUUGAGAGAACGAGACAAGCCCCCCAAGAGAAGGUCCAAAUCUGAGACAGGGGGUGAAUCAAUAUUCAGGAAACUUCGCAGUGCGAGGACAGAUGUGGAUUCUCCCAGGGUGGGUUCUGAUAUGGAGGACAACCGUCUUGAAGAUUCCAAACCUCCCUUAAAGCCCUGGGUCUGCCAAAAAGGUUUUGCACACUAUGAUGUUCAGAGCAUGCUGUUUAACAUGAAUGAGGUGAUCCAGAACAGACAGAACUCUGCAGCCAAAUGCAAAAACACUACUUCUGGUGCCUCCGGUGCCUCUGCUGCUUCUGCUUUUUCUGGUUCAGCAACAUCCACCCUAUCUUCAACACACAGCCUGCCGUACAGCUCUCCUGGUGGCAGCCAGGAGGAACUUAACACGCGAGAUAGUCCCACUCUGGACACAACCGACGAUGAGGGCAGUGGACUGGUACUGAAAUGUCCUUGUUUCUGUACUGAAACUGGGGGUGACUUUAGACAUAAGGUAGGGGUUGCUGUAGCAGGUGAGCUGGGUAGUGGGAGCUCCAGGGUUUUUGGACGAGAUGAAACUACACUAAGCCACCAUUGCACCAAUGGGGGCAUUGCUGUUGUAGAGGGUCCCAAAGAUGCAUCCGGCUUACUCGGUGAGAGGGACAAACAGUAUGUCGUUGAGCAUGUGGACCUUGGGGCAUAUUACUACCGGAAAUUAUUUUACUUGAGAGAGCAUUGGAACUACUUUGGUGUCGACGAGGGGUUGGGCCCGGUGGCAAUAAGCAUAAGGAGAGAGAAGUUGGAGGACCACAAGGAGCAUGGCCAGCAGUAUAACUACCGAAUAAUAUUCAGAACCAGUGAGCUGACUACCUUGAGAGGCUCUGUACUUGAGGAUUCGGUGCCUUCCACUGCUAAACAUGGCACUGCGCGAGGGUUACCCCUUAAAGAAGUGCUGGAAUACCUGCUCCCAGAGCUGGACAUCUCCUGCCUGCGGCUUGCCCUCAAUACACCAAAAGUGACCGAGCAGCUGAUGAAAUUGGAUGAGCAGGGGCUUAGUUUCCAGGUGAAGGUAGGGGUGAUGUACUGUCGCGCAGGCCAGAGCACAGAGGAGGAGAUGUAUAACAACGAAAUGGCUGGUCCUGCCUUUGAAGAGUUCCUCCAGCUCCUGGGAGAGAAAGUGCGAUUGAAAGGGUUCAGCAAGUACCGGGCUCAGCUGGACACCAAGACGGAUUCCACUGGGACACACUCUCUGUACACAGCAUACAAGGACUACGAGAUCAUGUUUCAUGUGACAACAAUGCUCCCAUAUACUCCAAACAACAAACAGCAGUUGUUGAGGAAAAGGCACAUUGGGAAUGAUAUCGUCACCAUCGUUUUCCAGGAGCCAGGAGCUCAUCCCUUCACCCCUAAACACAUCCGCUCACAUUUCCAACAUGUCUUCAUCAUCGUCCGCGUUCACAAUCCCUGCUCAGACAACACCUGCUACAGUGUGGCAGUCAGCCGCUCGAGUGAUGUGCCCGCGUUUGGUCCUCCAAUCCCCAAAGAAGUGACUCUACCCAAAUCCACCGUGUUCCGAGAGUUCCUUCUGACGAAAGUUAUCAACGCCGAGAACGCCGCUCACAAAUCAUCCAAGUUUGGCGCCAUGGCUACACGCACACGUCAGGAGUAUCUGCGCGACCUGGCCGAGCGGCAUGUUACCAGCACGCCAGUGGAAUCAUCGGGGAAAUUUCCUUUUAUCUCUCUGGCCCAUAAGCGAAAGGAGAAAAUCCGGCCUUACGCAGGAGCAGAGCUGCGCAGCCUGGGCGCAAUCACGUGGGCGGUGCAUUUGGAGGACCUGGCGAUGGGGGCGGAGCGUGAGGGUCUGCUGGCCAUCUCCAACGAGUUUGUCAUUAUCCUCGACCAGGAGAUCAAAGCCUUGGCAUUCAACUGUUCCACAAGAGAUGUGAUUGGCUGGUGUCUGGGAAGCCCCGCCUCCAUGAAGAUCUACUAUGAGCGUGGUGAGAGUGUUUCGCUCCGAUCCAUCAAUAACAACACAGAGGACUUUGGCGAAGUCGUCAGACGCCUGGAGCUGGUGACAAAGGGCAGUCAGACGAAGGAGAUGACGCUGAGAAGGAACGCUCUGGGCCAGCUCGGGUUCCAUGUGAAUUUCGAGGGCAUUGUAGCCGACGUCGAGCCCUAUGGCUACGCAUGGCAGGCCGGCUUGAGGCAGGGCAGCCGAUUGGUGGAGAUCUGCAAGGUGGCUGUGGCAACGCUGUCACACGAGCAAAUCAUUGACCUGCUGCGCACCUCAGUGACGGUCCGAGUGGUGAUCAUCCCUCCACAUGAGGACUCCACUCCCCGCAGAGGUUGCUCGGAGAUAUACCACAUGCCGCUAGUGGACUACAAAAACCACAAAGAGGGGAUGCCCUAUGAGUACAAGUUCCCGUUUCGCAAUAGCAACGAGAAGUGGCCUCGACCCAGCGCUCCUCAACAGACCGUGGCCUGCGCUUCCCAGAAUCGAAAUGUCAACCAAGGCCAAGGGGCAGCAGUAAGCAAGACUCCGAAUCCAGACUACACAAGACGGGGUUCGCUCCUCCCUCGCAGCGUGUCCAGCGAAGGCCGCCCACUGAAUGCUAAACGGUAUUCUCCAGGCUCUGACAACUACGCCCUGGCUUGCUCCAUCGUGAUGGGGCGGUCUCCCCACACACGCAACUCCCCCAACAACCAGUCGUUCUCCAGCGACUCCAGCUCCAGCUCCACUCACUGGCGUCAGAAGUCCAAUCCAGAUGGGUUUAAUGCAAACCGCAGCUCACCAUUAGCUGCUGAUCGUCAAAUUGCAAAAGAGUGUGUGUGGGUUACACCCAACUGGGUCAGAGUGGUGGAGGGAGAAGGAGCCAGUAGGACACCAUCAGACCUGACAAAAAUAAAGCCACUCCUGACUAGCGUUGAUCAACACCACAAAGAUCUUAACACUUCACUGUACCCAAACACAAACUCGAAGAGCGACGCUACGUCCAUCAGCCAAUCCAGCAGCACCGCGCUGUCCAUCAACGCCUCCAGCGCCACCCAUAGUGAGGAGAAGUGGUUCGAUUUGGUUGGGAGGCUGGACUCUGAGCUGAAUGGCUUUCCAACCGCUUGUCCCCAGGGAACUUCCGCUAACGGCCCCGUUGAAGCCACACCCAGGAACUUUGACUCAGUUCCAGUUAGCAUCAGCUCCAAGGCUAAAGAGAAAGCCUCAGCUCACUGGGUGGAGAACACCUCCACCUAUCAGGCUCCGCAGGUCUCCCCUGCAGGCUCCGAGACUCCUCUUCACACAGAUCUCGCUGAGAAUCAGACCAAAAGCCCUCCAGAUACCAGUUCCCAUACGCUCAGUGAUACAGCCUCUCAUUCCAGCACUCUGAGUUCAGUGCACUCGGGCAGCCCACCGAACUCCACUCAGGAGGAGUCAGCCCCUUCCACCUCCUCCCCCACCCAUCCAUCCCUCUCUCCUGGAGCCAAGAGCUUCUACCCCCGCCAGGGAGCCACCAGCAAGUACCUGAUUGGCUGGAAGAAACCAGGGGGCACCAUCAACUCGGUGGAUUUUGGUAGCAGUCGCAAGCGGCAUCAGAGCGAUGGGUAUUUAGGUGGGCAGCCUCAGCUACGGGCCACUAUGAAGGCGAGCCAGUCCCCUCAGCCCACUCCCAAAUCCACUGUAGAGGAGGAUCUAAAGAAGCUCAUCACUCUGGACAGCCCUCCACCUAGCUGUAGCAAAACUAAGCCCUCGUUUUCGUUGUCCACACAGACUCCCCGCUCCUUACAGCGAACCUUCUCUGAUGAGAGCAUCUUUAGCGGGCAGAGGGUGCUCACAACCGCCCGUCAGAGUGCCGACCUGUUCGGUCGCUCCACCAUGCCGCGUUCACCCAGCGUGCGCAGCGUCCAGCCGUCCUACACGCAGGGUGCCAAAUCUUUAGGUGACCUCACUUUUACAGAGUGCAGUGUUUUUGAGGCCGCGCCAUGCAGGAAGCCCCAGCAGGACCCCGGCCUCAUGCCCCUUCCUGAUGCCAGUGCAGACAGCGGGCUCGACUGGUCUGACCUAGUGGAUGCCGCCAAAGCCUUCGAAGUUCAAAGAGCGACGUUUAUGGCAGUGAAAGAUGCCGCUUCGAGGUCAGAGACACAGAAGACCGAGCUUCAGACGUCCCUAGAGCAACACGUCUCGUCCAGUGAGAGUUCUGCCAGUCUGAUCGGGAAGGUCAGCCAGCUGGAGUCUAUGGUGAAACUGCUGCAGGAGGAUCUGAAAAAGGAGAAGGACGCGAAGGCUUCUUUGCAGGCCCAGAUUCAGAGUCUGAGGGCAGACAAUCAGCGGCUGCUGGAGGAAUCUCAAAACGCCUCGGCCAAGCUGAAGAAAUUCACAGAGUGGGUUUUCAACACCAUCGACAUGAACUGACUCUCUGGCCUUCCGGUGCCAUAUUGCAACACUCAAAACGCAAUAUGAUUACUCACAGCGAAUCUUUAAAUGAUUCACCGUGACUCCUGACAGUCAUAUCUGAACUGACCAUCAUGAUGAGAACCCUGCAUGUGUUUCAAAAUUUCUCUGAAAUCCGGAUUGGUCUCACGAAUUAAUGAUACUUUUUUUUUUCUUUUUUUUUUUUUUUUGCUGGUUAUUAAUUUGUUUUAUUGCUCACUCCCUCACUGUUCUUUGGCUCCUUUAUACCCUUAAAGAAACUCUACCUUGGUAUUAAGGCUUUAAAUUGGUAAUUCACUCGCUCUAAAAAUGAUCAAAGAAUGCUAUAAGCUAAGUCGGCUAUGCCGUGCAGUUCUAACCUGUGUGAGAAUAUACAUGUUAAUAAACACUUACAUAUAGAGAGAGAUGAAUUAACUGGUGGAUUUACAGGUGAUUUGCGCCAUAGCAGGGAAUGUUUGGGGAGCAUGUGUCAUGCUGGAAGCCAUUCCUAUACCGUUACAGUGACCUUACUUUGGGCAAUUGCCAGAGUUUUAAUCUUUUGAUGUAUAUUCACAUAACCACUGGCUAUGUAAUUGGCCAUGGGCUGGUUUACUGAUUGGGGGGAAAAAGGGGGUGUACUGUCUUACUUUUCAUGUUCCGCUGACACAAACAUGAUGGAGAUAUGGUUCAGAUUGAUGAUGUAUUUAUGUGCAAAGGACCACAGCUGCCUCCAUCAUCCUCUGGCUAAGAGCCAAACUUGCAGUGAAGUCUGACUGCGGUCAGAUACGUCGCUUGCUCCUGUUUAACUGUUAAGAUGAUGAUGAUAAUAAUACACUCGUCUUAGAGGUACCUGUGGUUGGUGAUACUCAAUCACGCUUCGAAGUCCGCUGCUUAUUUGAACUGACCACUUUGAAAUAUUUGAAAAGAUCAAUACAAAUGCGAUCUACAGCCUUAAUGUGUAACUUGAAUCUACUGUAUAUCAGCUACAGUACUCGUUAUAAAGCCGGACGAUAUAGAACUGAGAGACAGUUGGUGCCAUAAGGUAAAUAUUUAUAUCUUAUUGUGUAUAAGUACAAAUAAAUUAAUGUCCUCUCUUGUACAAUUGCCCCGUACAAAGAAAACUUAUUUUAAAAAAAUAUUUAUUUGUUGGAUAGUCGUUUUAAGAUGUAGAGACGAGGGGGAUUCGGCAGAGUGCUGUGUAGCUGUUUGUAAAUAUUUCUUUUAUUCUUUUUUUUUCCCCCUCUUAUUUUUGGGUUAUGGAUGAGUGAAAUGUUGCCAUCUAUUGGAGAAAAUGCCACAUGAACUUGACUAAAAGGAGCUCAAAAUGGCCUUUUGGUAUGAUUUACGAAAUGCGGUUUACACCUCUUCAUUCGUUUUUAUCUUUAUUAUAAACAAAUGGCACCUGAAAAGACGACAAGAUGUAUGUUCUUUCACGCAGUUUAAUCAUUGUUUUUACUGUGCUUGCAAAAUUCAUGUCACAUUUCCUCAUUGUGAGUAUGUGUAUCGUUCUCCUACCCCCACCCACCCACCCCCCAUUAUUUGUAUUGCUCUCCUGAUAGAGCUUAUUUUCCGUUGUCUGAAAUCUGACAUUCUCUCUGCAGACAUUACUGGAUCCUCUUUCCUGUUGGAAACUGUUAUCUCCGACGUGCAGUAGCACGUUGUAAUAUUUCCCUUAUCUUUUGACAUGUAAAGUCAUUUAUUCCAUUAAAAAAUAUUUUGGGUAUUUUAAA